UCACAGGCCCCGGAAUGGCACAAACUCCAAAGCACCGUAGGGUCCGGCGCCUCUCCCGGCUCCUACUCCAGGGUCAGACCUGCCUAAACGGGUGGAUGAACGCGGAACACACCCCGAGGUUUUCCUGGACAUAGUCUGGACAGUCGAGUAAUUGAGAUGAGGUGGAAACGAAAGUCGUUUAUAUGCUAUGCAAACUGGAAUGAAGAUUGAUAGUAAAACUCCUGAAUGUCGUAAAUUUUUAUCAAAGUUAAUGGAUCAAUUAGAAGCUCUUAAGAAACAAUUGGGUGAUAAUGAAGCUAUUACUCAAGAAAUAGUUGGUUGUGCUCAUUUGGAGAAUUAUGCUUUGAAAAUGUUUUUGUAUGCAGACAAUGAAGAUCGUGCUGGGCGAUUUCACAAAAACAUGAUCAAGUCCUUCUAUACUGCGAGCCUUUUAAUAGAUGUCAUAACAGUAUUUGGAGAACUCACUGAUGAAAAUGUGAAACACAGAAAAUAUGCAAGGUGGAAGGCAACAUAUAUCCAUAAUUGUUUAAAGAAUGGAGAGACACCUCAAGCAGGCCCUGUUGGAAUUGAAGAAGAUAAUGAUGUUGAGGAAAAUGAAGAUGCUGGAGCAUCCUCCCUGCCCACCCAACCACCUCAGCCAUCAUCCUCGUCAACUUAUGACCCAACCAGCAUGCCAUCAGGUGGCUAUUCCGGAAUACAGAUUCCUCCAGGUGCACAUGCUCCAGCAAAUACACCUGCAGAAGUGCCUCACAGCACAGGUGUAACAAGUAAUACUAUUCAGCCUGCUCCACAGACUAUUCCGGCCAUUGAUCCUGCACUGUUUAGUACAAUUUCCCAGGGAGACGUCCGUCUAACUCCAGAGGACUUUGCUAGAGCUCAGAAAUACUGCAAAUAUGCUGGCAGUGCUUUGCAGUAUGAAGAUGUAAGCACUGCUGUACAGAAUCUCCAGAAGGCGCUCAAGUUACUGACUACAGGCAGAGAAUGAAGCCUUUGUACGACAGAUCCAUGUAUUUUUGGCAUAAGGAGCUAACAGUCCAUUACUCUAUCUUCAGCCUAUCAGGAGCACAGUUUUAAGAAAGACUUCAGUUCCAUUGAAUAUGACAGUGAAAGCUGUGUGUGUCUGAUCUUACUGAAGCACUCAGCAACAGCCUCAGCCAGUUUUCAUUGUCCAUUUAGUGGAUCCAGUAAACUCUCGAGUCUCUAGGGCCAAUGUUAUCAAUGUCCCCAAAAUGUCCAUUGAACCCUGCUUCCAAAAAUGAGAACAUAUCUCUGUAAAAUUUCAUUGGGAGUAAGUUUUCUUAAUUUACUUACAUUAAGGGAAUUUUUUUUAAAUCUAUACUUUGACAUCAAACCAUAUUGCUCUACUAUAAAAUUCUAAAUUUAACUUUGAAUAAAAAGAUUUCCAGAGUGUUCUAGAUUAGAGAUUAUGGUUUUUGUUCUCAAGAUUAAUAAAACAAAUAAGAACAUUUAAAAAUAUUAGAUGAAUCCAAAAUAGAUUAUAUUCAAAAUUCAAUUAUAUUCAUGUUAAAUAUAAAUACAUUAAAAAUUUAAAGCUUUAUGGAAGGAAAUGUAAAGUUGAAAGGUAGAAUCACUUUUAAAGAGUAAUAAUUGGUUUCCCAAAUGCUUCCCUUGAUGUAUUGAAGUGUAGGGUGAAUUGGUGUUUGCUUCUUAGGCAGUUUGACUGCAUGUGUUAGAAAAUGGAAAAAAAAAAAAAAAAAGUAGUGUUGCCUGGAAACUUGGUGCUUUAAAUUAAGGUUCUUCUCCGCUGUUGUGGGAUGGAAUCUGCAGAGUGUAUAGAUGGAAUGAUGCAGAAAAUUAUAGGACUUUAGGUUCUCGGUUUUAUGUUGAUAAAUUUUGUGAGGAAUUAUGGACUUACUGUGUCACCUGCAUUUGUGCUAUGGAAAAAUAAAUACAAGGAUUCUUUUAACUAGUUCAACUUAUUACAAAGCCAAAUGUCUUUUGAUUAAUGUGGUAGAUUUGUUCUUUUUUUAAGUAUUUAUAUUUAGUUAUAGGAAUACAGAUGUUUCUAUAGUAAAAAACAAUUUUUUUUAAUGAAUUUGACAAAUUUACCAGAAAUUUAUCUGGUAAGUUUCAUUUAUGCCACUUGGAUCAGAAUCCUUUAACUUAAGGGGUCACAAGCUAUGGCCCCUGGGCUAUUCACAUGGUUGUGAUAAGAUUUUUAUUGCAACAAAACCAUCCUCAUUCAUUUCUCCCCCGCUGUGGUUGCUCACCACGACUACUGAGUUGUAUGGCUUACUAACCUAAAAUGUUUACUAUCUAGCCCUUUAAGAAAAAGUUUGCUGACACUUAAUCUAACUGCCCAUUUGAAAGAAAAUGAAUCACUAACUCGUGACUGUCAGUUUAUUUCUGCAUAAAUGUAAUGCUGCUUUUGUACAGGGAUUGAUAGAAUAAAUAUUCAAACUCAAUGAACUAUUCUAAAUAAUCACAAGAAAACAAACCCCAAAACACGUAACUCUGGAAAAAUGUUCUUGUAUUUUUCACAAGAUAUGUAAACAUUUGUAGUCUUCAGCAUUUGCAUCUGGAAAUCCAGUAUUCUGGUAUAGUUGUGUAGGACAUCAUUGUAAUUAAAAAGUAGCCAGGCUGACCUUUUUAAAAGAUGUAAAUAUAGUUCAGCACAUUUUAAUUCAAACCUUAACAAGUCUGCACUCUAAAAAGUUUAACUCACCUCCUAUGUCAUACCCUUCUUGUUGGCUCCCAGUUGGGAGAGCAUGUGGAGGAAAGGAGACAACAUGGAAACCAUGGAGUCCACUGAAGAGCAGGAUCCUUGGUGCAGUGGAGAUGUUUCCUGUAAAAUGGAAAUGACACCACUAGCCACUUCAGCGUUUUAUUAUGAGAAUAAUGAGAUACCAUACAUGAAGUGCUUAGCACAUAGUAGCAUUCCAUAAAUGUUUAUCAUUGUUAAUUUUAAUGAUAUAAUAAUGUAAUAUAAGUUGUUAAUAAUAAUUUAUUUCUCAAAUAUCUAGAAAUUCCACUUGUCUUUAUGACCCAUCGCUUACAAAUGCUUUCUUGCAUGAGGGGACUGAGCUAUAUGAUGUUUUCUAACUUUGUAUUUGUCUUUCUCCAUAUAAAAUCUGAUGAUAAAAUUAGGAUAUGUUUUCUGAUGUUACACUAGAAUAAGCAAUUUUCAUUUGUUCAUUCAAUAUGUAUUCAUUGAGCAGC